AUGUUGAACAGAAAAACUCUCGUAGUGCUUGCCGUCUGUGCACUUCUUUUCAUUUCAUCCAUUGACUGUAAGAAGCCAGCUAAGGGAGAAAAGAAGGGAGGAGCUAAGGCCGAGAAAGCCGAAAAAGCCGAGAAAGUAGAAAAAGUGAAGAAGGUGAAAGCUGAGAAGGUUGUCGUCGUUGACGAGGCAGAAACUGUAAACGAGACUGCUCCAGAAGCUCAUCACUAUGUCCAAGAAGAAGUUGAAGAGGCUGAUGAAGUGAUUGUUCAACCACAAACCCUUCAAAGACGUAAUGUUUCUCCACCAAAAUCUUUGAAGGUUGCUAGUGCCUACGAGACGUGCAAACUGGAAUGCAGAAAGCAAAGAGAUGCCGUUCAUGCUGCUGAUUACGUCGAACAACUCCGUUCUGAACUCGCUUCCGCCGAAGCUGCUCUUGCCGCUGAGAACGCUCAAGUUGAGGCUCAACACGCUCCAGUUGUCAACCAUUAG